AACAGCAUUUGAUGUUACGAGACCGACUCAAUCACGAUAAUGUCCAGUAACUCGUUUUUGCUGUUGAAUAUUUUCAUAUACGUCGUGGGUACUGGUGCCUUUUGCCCCUAUAUUAUAACUCGAAAAGAAUGGGAGGCGGGAUCAAAUGAGGCAAAACCCAUGGGGACAUAUCCCAUGACCCAUGUGAUCGUACAUCAUUCCAAUACACCGAUAUGUUUAACAAAAGACGAUUGUAUGACGGUCGUUAAAUCACUUCAAUUAAGACAUAGAGCAGUCAACAGAUGGCCAGACAUCGGAUACAAUUUUCUGGUAGCUCAAGACGGAAACAUAUACGAAGGAAUUGGUUGGCAUCAUUCAAGCGAAAUAGUUCCGAGAUACGAUUCGUAUAGCAUUCAUGUCGCUGUUAUAGGAGAUUACACAUCUUCUUUGCCAAAUGAUAAAGCAUUAAAGGCUUUAAAAGAUUUUAUUUAUUGCGCGGUAAAAAGAGGAUCUUUACAUGAAAAUUAUAGAUUAUUGGGACAUCGUCAAUUAGCAUCGAAAAAGUGCCCAGGAAAAGAGUUUUACCAAGAACUUCGCAAUUGGCCACAAUGGAGUUCAUACUAAUUUAUAUUAUGUGUUAUUUAUUUCAAUAAAAAAGUCGUAUAAAAUCU